ACAUUAUCCACGCUCAAAUAAGGGAAUGGGGAGAUUGAGUGAAGGCCUUAGAGAGAUACGACUUUCCCCAGUGUCCAAGUUCUAUGGAAGCUAUCCGUUGUCCAAGUCCAUCUCUUCCAUCUCGCCCAUUCCUCAGCGACCAUGCACCUCAACCAAGAAGGGGCACGCAGCUGCUCUUCCCCAUCAGAACACCCAAACGAAGGUAUCCUCUGCGUUCCCGUUCUACAGUUCAAACUCAAGCUCUCAACAAUGCUCUCACUGUAGCUGCCAACCCCCCGGCAGCAGGAGGGAAUAUCUCAGUCCUGAUCCCAAUCAGUGCAGUCAUGUUAUUUAUGUUUUGGAUUACUAAUUUUGUUGUGCCGGGGAUGAUAAGCAAAGACUUCCAGUCAGCAGCUUCAGAAGCAGAGAAGGCAGCAGAACAAGAAGCAGAAAAGCAUGGCUAACAACAAAACCCGAAGAUAAAGAAAGGCCAAAUUAAGAAAACAACCAGUCCGAGAUAAAUUUUUAAUUCCAUGCACUCUAAACUAUCUGUCAGUUAUGAUAUUAUCAUAAGAGAAUGAUUCUGUAAUCGAAAUUCCAGAAGCCUCAAUAAUAGAAAUGACUUCAAGAGCUUUAACCA